AUGGCACCAACUAAGCGCAUCGCCGUCGGUCAAUGGCAUAUCAAAGACCUCGAAGUCGAAUACAAUCACAAGAGAGCAUGCCAAUACAUUCGCGAAGCCGCAUCGCAAGGCGCCGAACUGGUCGUUCUUCCUGAGUACCACCUCAACGGAUUCACCCCCACCUCCCCUCUCUACGCGACACAAGCAUCCACCACCCAACCCUACCUAUCAACCUACCAGUCUCUUGCCCGCGAACUCCAAAUUUGUCUCGUGCCUGGCACCAUCGUCGAGAAACACGGCGACCGGCUCUACAACACCGCGUACUUCAUCUCGACCGACGGGUCCAUCCUCGGCUCCUACCGUAAGAAAAACAUCUGGCAUCCUGAGCGCCCGCAUUUGACUUCCUCUGGGGUCGACGAGCGUCAUGAGGUUCUUGAUACGCCGAUCGGGAAGGUCGGGUUGUUGAUUUGUUGGGAUUUGGCGUUUCCGGAGGCGUUUCGUGAAUUGGUUAUUAGGGGCGCGGAGGUGGUGGUUGUGCCGACUUAUUGUGAGUUUCUUUUCUUUGUCCCUCUAUCUUCGGAAUUCGCUCUGGUGAUCGAGUUUAUUACCCGACAUAAGAAAGACGAAGAAUUAUUAACUUCAAGAAAAGGGACGAAACACGACGCCUCCCCCGCCCUUCUAGCGGCCAACCCAAACUGCGAGACCCUCCUCCUCGAAUCACUACUCACGGCCCGCUGCUUCGAAAACACCUGCGCCGUGGUCUUCGCCAACGCCGCGUCCUCCGACGAAGACAGUGAAGCCAAGUUCCUGGGUCUUUCGGGCGUGCAUGUUCCUGCCCUCGGAGCUGUUGGGAAAAUGGGUUCUGAGGAAGGUGUGCGGACGGUGGAUGUCGAUAUGGGGUUGGUGAGGCUAGCGGAGGAGAAUUAUAAAGUCAGAGAGGAUUUGGGGAGGGAGGGGUGGCAUUAUGGGUAUCAGCUUUAG